AAUUGCCGAAGCGAACGCAACCCCUGCGCCACUCGACGUACACACUUCCAAAACGGAUCGUCCUCCCAUAACGAGUCCCUCCUCUUGAGAUAUCGCGAUACACCGGUUCUAUUCUACCUUCGCGUUGCUACGCCUGAUUAUAGAUAAUCGGUGCAACAAGUGUGUUAGUUUGUGAGUCUUAAGUUGAUAAGCAUGAUUUGUGUGCUCUGAAGAGAAAAAGCGAGAAAACGAGGAAGAUGCCGCGGGCAUUCCUGAUCACGCAUCGCAGGUACAACGGUGUUGAAGAAGAGAUCACAGGAUCUGAAAGAGAUUUCAGUCCCGAGAGAAGCGUGAGGCUGGCCGAUUACAGCGGCGGUCAACCAACUUCCGAUGGCGCCAGCGAGUGUGGCAGCGAGACAUCGUCUGAGUGUCCCGAGGAAUUGUACAACCUGACGAAGCUGGCAGAAGUGAGCCUAGCAGCGGCGGCAGGCACCUUAAUUCAUCACAACAAUGUCAUCUAUCAGCGACCGACAUCACCUAGGAUCGCGCAGUAUCCUGCGGAAGCGAGCAGAAUUCUUGGAUCUCGAUCUUCCGUCCAAGUGAUGGAAAACCAAGACCAAGUCCUAGGCGAACGGACAAGGCUCUUCUUUGAACGGAUCGAGACCGAACGAGAGAUCUUGGAGACUCGUUCCAAGGAGAACACCGCUUUGGAGAUUCGUCUUUCGCCACGACAUCCUUCCUGUUCUUCGCAGGAGGUAUCGUGUCACUCGAAAGUACCAGUUGUACCUGAUAUCGGCGUUGAUCCGGUAUCCGUAUCUUCGACCGCAUCGAUCCAAAGUCGCAGGACGGUCGCUGUAGAGUCAAAAUCGGAGGACAACGAGGAUCACGAGUGUCCUGACUGUGGUAAGAAGUACUCGACUUCCUCGAAUUUAGCCAGACACCGGCAGACGCACAGGUCACUGGGCGAUAAAAAGGCCAGGAGGUGCCCACAUUGCGACAAGGUCUACGUCAGCAUGCCGGCGUUUAGCAUGCACGUGAGGACCCACAAUCAAGGAUGCAAGUGCCACUAUUGCGGCAAGUGCUUCUCUAGACCGUGGCUGCUCCAGGGACACAUACGCACGCAUACAGGCGAGAAACCUUUCAAGUGCACCAUUUGCAACAAAGCCUUUGCCGACAAGUCAAAUUUACGAGCUCAUAUACAAACGCACUCGAACACCAAACCCCACGUGUGCGGUCGUUGUGGCAAGGCUUUCGCCCUGAAAUCAUACCUCUACAAACACGAGGAAUCGUCCUGUAUGCGUUCCCAUCACCGAUCGUCCACCGACCGUCCAGAUAAAUCCGAUCAGAUCGAGCAGCAAAGGACAUCAUCGUCGUCGGUAAAACCGAGUGUUCCAUUAUCGUCGUCCUUGAACAGAACGCAAACGCCGUCGUGCGUCACGGCGUCGCCUACCAGCGUCAUAGUUCCACGAUUGGGACUCGAGCGUGACCAGAAAGACUCGUCGUCGGCAUUCUCCGCGAUCAUCAGGCACACAAGGACGUCGGAUACGUCCGCAGUGGCACCAUCGAAACGACCUUGCAGAGAGAAGACACCCCCGAAAGAUCCAGAGACGCAGAGUCCCGAUUUGGUGACGAAGGAUCCCGAAUACGUAUCCAGAAUGGUCAUCAGAACAUCGGUGAUAUCACCCAAUCCGGAGCACUUGCAUCUCCGUUUCGAAAAUGACGUUAAGAGUUCCUCGACUACAUUCGAUUAUCCCGAUCCGACGAGAUCCUCGUCUUUUUCGAGACCCACUACGAUGACUUUGAAUUUGGCCAUCGCUUAAAAAUCGGCCGUAUCAACUUAGCGAUCAAGUCAAGUCAACCAGUCAAUGAAAAGAAUUCAGAUUUGAUUUCAUACUUGCGUCAGUAUGAGUUUUACAGUAAGGAAUUUAUUCGAGAUUUAGAAAACUCGACUG